UUUGGUUUGAACUGGACUGCGCGCGAUGUUGGACGGACUGCAGGAAGGGCUGCAGGAAGGGCUGAAAAGAGAUUUGGCUAUGAAACAUAUGAUAAACCGGCUAGAGUCAUUUAAAGAAUGGCCGUUUCAAUCUGAUUGCAAUUGCACUCCGUUGUCUAUGGCAGAGGCUGGGCUUUAUCAUUGUCCUACUGAUACUUCACCUGAUUUGGUGCGAUGUUUUGUUUGUGGACUUGAACUAGACUGGUGGGAUCCGGCAGACAUUCCGUGGGAGGAACAUGCAAAAUUCACUGAGGGAUGUCCUUGGAUAGCUAAAAAACUUUCAGAGAAAAUGGGAACAAAGAAAAUGCUGAUGGCAAUGAUGGAGAUUUGCACCUUCAUUCUGAAACGAUGGGCUAACGUUUUGCUGGAUAAACAACAGGAAUACAGACAGUUCGUGAGAGAGAAAAUUGAAAGAGAAGUGCUAAAGAUGAAGAAGAAAUAAGGAUUUGCUGUUGGCUGUUGUGAGAGAGGCACUAAUAUGACUGCAGUAAAAUCUGUUUACAAAAUAAGAACAGUGAAAUGCUUGUAGGUAGCAGGUUAAAUUAAUUAGGGUGUGAAAUUCCGUCUGGCUAUGAGGGUGUAGGCCUAUCCUCCUGUAAUAUUGACCAAUAUAAUUACACUGUAU